CCAGGCCAUGGAAAUGGCGGGAAGAUUGUUCAUCUUCUUCUUCACUGUGUCCUUCUUUUGGAGAUGAGGGUAAUGGCAAAGGGGCCGUACUGGGACAAAGCAGGGGCCGUAGCAAGUAAGGACAGCUGGAUGACCUGGUUCAACCUCGAACAAGCCCCCUGGACGCCAGGUCACGCUCGUAUCAACGACAGCUUGGUCUCUUUGGCUGUCAACAGGAGCUCCUGGUGUGAAUGCCAGGUACUGUGCCAAGUGGAGCUGAACUGCUUCAGUAUGGCGGCCAAAGCACUGAGCGAUGGGCUUGUGACCUGCGUCUUGUCACACCGCCGAGGUCACCUCAAGAAUCUCGUCUAUCAACCUGGGUUCACCAUCUAUCAGAGGGCCAGUGUUGCUCGGGUGGGUGACGCCUGCAAAGACGACACCGAGUGCUAUGCCAAUGACAUCUUUUCCAAAUGCAAUGGUGGAGAGUGUCAGUGUAAAGCUGGUACUUACUUGCGAGAUGGCGUUUGCUCAGUCGACUGCCCGAAGGGAUGGAUAGCUGGAGAACUCUCCAACAGGACCGAAUGCUAUUACCUGAGUCGACAGAAAGCCAAACCGAAGGCGGCCUUCGAGAAGUGUGCGUCGAUGGAUCCGAAGAGCAAAAUAGCAGAGAUCACCGAUAUGGAGGAGCAGUUGGCCCUGGCAGCAAUUAUGAAACGACACCUGGCUUGGUCAGACCGUAUAUUAUUUGGCUUGACUGCAUACAGUGGCAAAUACAAGUACGGAGGCCUACAGAUCUUUGCCGAGGGAGCUGCGGGAUCAGAUGACCCGGUGGAUCGCGAUGACCAUCUACCGGAAGCGACUUUCUUUGCCUGGGGAGGAAAUGAGCCUAACAACCCCGUGGAACACUGCGUUGUGAUGUUCCUAGGAUACAAGUGGCGAUGGGCCGACGUCAACUGUAAGUUUGAGUACGUCUACCUGUGUGAGAUAACAAUUGAUGUAUGAAUCAACGGGACAGCGAAAGACAACCCAUGGCAUCAGAUAACAUUUCUUUGCUAAUGUUCGUCAAUAAACGGGCCUGAUGCGUGUCGUCACAUACUAAUGCCAGUCAACUGUGCUAUAAUAAAUUUCAGUGGGUGUAUCUUUCAGUGGAUCACUGGGUGUAUCUCAUCUAAAAGCAGUCAAAUGAGCACGCAUUCUUAGACCGAGGCUACAGAGGUAAUGUAAGCUGAUCAGAUUUUAUGAGAGAAUAAAUUAAUCAAUAUGCGCUGCUCAUUUUACUGAUAUUCACAUUGACUAUGAAUUAAUCGUUAAAGGGUAGCUACCAUUAGCAUACAAAAGAGAUGAGCCUCCGUUCUCUUUGCUUAAUGCUUAGCGCUAUUAUUUUCACCAUCAUUUUGAAGGAAAAGACCAGUUACGGUAUACUGUAUGACAAGAACUUCUAAAUUGGAUUUGCAGUCAUUGACAAUGUCCUUUAUAAAAACAAGAUGACAGGACACUCCUGCUGUACGUAAUAUAUAAUUCUAUGAAGCAGGAAUCAUUAAACUAUUUUAUUUCUAGUCAGUAGCAUGAUUGAAGCUUGUCCACUACGAUGCAUCAAAUGCCACUCACAAGGCGAACAAAGCAACAAGCAUAAUUCCUUUGGGAGAUGAAGUGGGAAUAAAGACCAUGUUUUGAAUUUAAGACGUACCAGGCUAUGGAGAGGUACAACUCUGAAAUGUGCCGCGUGAUAUAUAAUUAAUAAAAGGAAGGAGACCAAAGAAAGCCAUUUGUAAUGAGGAAAAAAAUAAAAACACACAAAGAGAAUUGCCGAAAGACUGAUGAAUUAGCGUCACAGCAUUUAUGGCAGUCGAAGAAGGAAGUAAAUGAUUUAAGCAAAAAGAAAAUAAUUAUAGUUAAAUGAAAUCUAACUUCUACUUCUUUAGUCCAAAACUUCCACACGAGAAAUCCAAACCUUGAGGAACUCCCAAAAAC